AUGGAUAAGAUCUGGUUGUGGUGUCUCCUAUUGAUUUUUUCUGGAAGUCAAGCCUCAACAUUGGCUCAAAAAAAUACAGAAUUUGUAGUGGAUCUUUAUAAAGCUGUUUGCUUAUCUCACAAGAACAACAUUAUAUUUUCCCCUCUUGGAACAACUUCGCUUCUUGGAAUGAUACAACUGGGAGCAAAAGGAAAAGCACUACAGCAGAUAAGACAAACUUUAAAACUUCAGGAAACCUCAGCUGGAGAAGAAUUUUCUGUACUGAAGUCAUUUUUCUCUACCAUCUCAAAGAAAAAACAAGAAUUUACAUUUAAUCUUGCCAAUGCCCUCUACCUUCAAGAAGGAUUCACUGUGAAAGAACAGUAUCUCCAUAGCAACAAGAAAUUUUUUCAGAGUGCUGUAAAACUGGUGGAUUUUCAGGAUGCAAAGGCUUGUGCAGAAACAAUAAGUACCUGGGUAGAAAGUGAAACAGAUGGAAAAAUUAAAGACAUGUUUUCAGAGGAAGAAUUUGGCCCUCUGACUAGGGUUAUCCUGGUGAAUGCUAUUUAUUUCAAGGGGGACUGGAAACAGAAAUUCAGAAAAGAGGACACAGAGCUGAUGAAUUUUACUAAGAAAGAUGGUUCAACAGUCAAAAUUCCAAUGAUGAAGGCUCAUCUGAGAACAAAAUAUGGUUACUUUUCUGAAUCGUCCAUGAAUUACCAGGUUUUGGAAUUGCCUUAUAAAGAUGAUGAGUUUAGUUUAAUCAUCAUACUUCCUGCAGAAGAUGUGAACAUAGAAGAAGUGGAAAAACUAAUUACCGCUCAUAAAAUCCUGAAAUGGUUCUCUGAGAUACAUGAAGAGGAAGUGGAAAUAAGCCUCCCUAGAUUUAAAGUAGAACAAAAAUUAGACUUCAAAGACGCUUUAUAUGCUUUGAAUAUAACCGAGAUAUUUAGUGGUGGCUGUGACCUUUCUGGAAUAACAGAUUCAUCUGAAAUAUAUGUUUCUCAUGUGAUGCAAAAAGUUUUCUUUGAGAUAAAUGAAGAUGGCAGUGAAGCUGCAACAUCAACUGGCAUGCAUGUCCCUGUGAUCAUGAGUCUGGCUCGAAAUCAAUUUAUAGCAAAUCAUCCAUUUCUGUUCAUUAUGAAGGAUAACCCAACAGAAUCAAUUUUGUUUAUGGGAAGGGUGACAAAUCUUGACAGCCAAAAGAGAAACGGAAGAGAUUUAAAUUCCCUGUGA